GGUGACAUUACCGUGCCAGUUGUAGUGGCUGUCUGCGUCUUCUGCACAAUGCUUUCACUAAAGAACAGAUUAUAGAUUUACUGGACAGGAUGGUGCCCACAUCAGUUCAUAGUGGAGUGACAGAGUUAUAGUAAUGUUGUAAAUGUCAGUUGCGCCGUCAGAGAAAGUAGAGAUACCCGGUGGUGGUUAGCUUGCUAGCUAUAGGUUAUAGGCUAUAGGCUAUAGGUAGGUUGCGUAAAUCUACAGUACUGCACUAUGCUGGUACCUCGUUAACGUGGAUAACCAGCAGUAAGCAAGAUACCACUAAGGCUUUCUAUCUAGUAGACUUGGCUUUACACCUGAAAUUAGCAACACGGCAGGUUCCUCUGCCCUCCCUCCACCCCCUUCCGAACCCAGGGCAAGGGUCAACAGUGUGAUGUCCCAGGGUUCGAUGGAAGGCGGGGGUCCGUGUCAACCCGCCCCCACCAUCACCGUGCAGGAUUUGUCAGACAGUCCCCCAGGAGGACAGUCGUCACCGGCGAUGGAUGAAGUCUCCCCGUCCUCCACUUCCUCCUUCGAGAUGAUUGACGUGGAUUCGGCCCCGCCCACCUACCAGAUGGUUCAGCCCCAUUGGUUUUACUGUCGCCGUGCCGAUGAGAAAGACUCGUGGCUCCCCUUCAGCUUGGAGGAUUCUGGGAAACUGGAGGAGUCCUUUGCUAAUGGAGGAGAGGCGGUGGUGGCGGUGGAGGGGGAGAGGUACGACGUGCGUGUGAAGGAGAGGAGACGCUUGGCCGUGUACUGGGAGCAGGCUCCCUCCGAGGUGCGGCGCUGCACCUGGUUCUACAAGGGAGACAAGGACAGCAAGUACCUCCCCUACCCUGAGGACUUCAGCAGCAGACUGGAGGAUGCCUAUAUGAUCGCAGUCACUCUGGACGAGUGGAAGAGGAAGCUGGAGUUCCCCACAGGAGAGACCGUCAUCCUGCACAACCCCAAGCUGAUCAUGCAGUACCAGCCAAUAGCAUUACAGGAGGAAUGGGCCUCCACCCCCUCGGAGCAGACACGCCCACGCACAGUCAAGAGGGGCGUGGGAAACAUUGUGGUAGAGAUUCCGGAAGGUGAACCAGAGAAGAUAGAUCAUCUGGUAUUUAUGGUCCAUGGUAUCGGCCCAGCCUGCGACCUCCGCUUCAGAUCCAUCAUCCAGUGUGUGAAUGACUUCAGGAGCGCGUCCCUGUCUCUGCUGGGCUCCCACUACAAGAGAGGCCAGGAGGAGGGCCUGGUGGGCAGGGUGGAGUUCCUGCCUGUCAACUGGCACAGCGCCCUGCAUGGAGAUGCUACUGGAGUGGACGAGGACAUCCAGAAGAUCACCCUCCCCAGCAUCAGCAGACUGAGGCACUUCACCAACGACACCCUGCUGGACCUGUUCUUCUACAACAGCCCCACCUACUGCCAGACCAUCGUGGACACGGUGUCCGCCGAGGUCAACAGGCUGCAUGAGCUCUUCAGACAGAGACACCCCGGUUUCACCGGAGAGGUGUCUGUGGCCGGACACAGCCUGGGAUCACUCAUCCUGUUUGAUCUGCUGACCAAUCAGAGGACAGAACCAGGAAAAGCAGAGAAGGAGGAGGCCCCUGCCUGUGACGACCCCUGCCCUCUGGCCUGUGACGCCCUGGAGCAGGCUCUCAUCCAGCUGGGUCUGCAGGAGCACCUGGCCACACUGCAGAGAGAACACCUGGACCUGGACUCACUGGCCUUGUGUCAGGAGAGUGACCUGAAGGAGCUGGGUAUUCCUCUAGGCCCUCGCAAGAAGAUCCUCACCUUCAUCAGGAGGAGGUGCACUAUGGAGGAUGGUAGAUCAGGCACUGUACUUCUGGCCCCUGGACUCCAAGCCCCCUCUGAUGACCCCUCCCCAUCUGGCAACGAUCACCGCGGUAACCUGUUUCUUUCGGCGACGGCACAGCAACAGCGCGAGUACAUCAGGGCCCUGUCCACCACCAGCGCUGUGGACUACGAAUACUUCGACGUAGGCAUCGGACAGGUAUCCAUUAACUACCCCCAGCUGGCCUUCCACCCCCAGACCUUCUUUGCAUUCGGUUCUCCCAUCGGCAUGUUCCUCACGGUGCGGGGCCUCAAGCGCAUCGACCCCAACUACACCUUCCCCACCUGCAAGAGCUUCUACAACAUCUACCACCCGUUUGACCCAGUGGCCUACAGGAUAGAGCCCAUGAUCGUCUCAGAGGACGACCUGGAGCCCAUGCUCAUCCCCCACCACAAGGGACGCAAGAGGAUGCACCUGGAGCUAAAGGACAGUCUGACUCGUAUGAGCACAGACCUGAAGAACAACGUUCUGGGUUCCUUGCGUACUGCCUGGCAGUCCUUCACCCGUCUCCCUGCGCCAGCACUCCCCCCUGUGGAGGCUGGAGGAACUACAGAAGACAAUGUUUUGUCGGAGGCCCUAGCCCCGGCCUCAGCAGCAGUGGCCUCUGCCUCCAUGAGAGGACAGAGUAAGCCUGAUAUAUGGACUAAAAUACUGGAGUGGCCCAAAGCCCUUCAUAAACAUUACAUCCAAGGUGUGCAUGAGGAGGCGGAGUCUCCUGUGUCUGAGGAGGAAGUGGAGGAGCGUCAGAUUAAGGUGGGGAUGUUGAACGGUGGGAGGAGGAUCGACUACGUGCUGCAGGAGAAACCCAUCGAGAGCUUCAAUGAAUACCUGUUUGCCAUCCAGUCUCACCUCUGCUACUGGGAGUCGGAGGACACAGCUCUCCUGCUGCUGAAGGAGAUCUAUGACAAGCUGGGCGUGGCCUUCGAGCAGCCCCUGCUGUAAUAAACACAUCAAAGACUCUCAGCCCAUCGCCAUGGUGACAUGUUCUCGCAGUGUUAGCAGGGUUAACAGGAUUAAGAAUGCUUGACCUCACGGUCCUCAGGGUCCAGUCACACACCUGCUUCCUGAUCGCCAGCAAACCACCACCUCCUCUUCCUCCUCCACCUCCUCCUCAGACAAGAUGGCUGCCGACUCUGGUUCGGUGUUGAAGCUGUCCGUUACGAAACGGAAGACCCUCCUCCAGGGGCCCACAGGCCCUCACGUCUGAGCCAGAGCCAGAGCUGAAGGGCUGGCCUCGGGUUGUGUGCUGCUAGGGGACAAAGGGAAGCCUCCAGAAGCUAGGUGUCCGGCCCGCGUUUCUAACCAUUACCAUGCUCUUUUAUCAGAACCUCCAUAAUCUGUUUUAUACCAGAUCAUAUCUUCUUGCUUUGUAUUGACUGUAUAUACUAUAAUAAUCUAUUCAUCAACUGGUAAUUAUGCAGGGCCAUAACUGUUGAUGUGUGUGUGAUGUGUGUGUGUGUGUGUGUGUGUGUGUGUGAGGUGCAUGUCUCCCGAAGGUCUCUAAUGUCAGUCUGCAUUUGACUAUAAAAACUACAACUCCCAGGAUUCCAUUGCAAUAUGACACCUUGGUGGUGUUUCUAUUCUCUAACUGACACGGGAAAUGAAGUUUACCUUGCCUUCUGGUCUUGUUUCAUAUCUAUUUAUAUGACACUCGUGCAAAGUAGUUAAACUAUAGUAAAAAAGGUAUCAUGAGUCUUGAUGGUAUAAUAAGUAUAAUAUGGAAAAAAAGACACAUAGAGCUUGAUAAUGAAUAUAGCUAUAUUUCUCGUGUGUGUAUAUCCCAGUUCAAGCCAGCCUACUGCAAGAGGUCAGUGUGUGCCAACUCAGCCUUGUUCCUCUUGAAGGGAACAGGGCGGCACUGGAACAGAAACAUUCCCCAUCGUAUGGGCCAGUGUUCUGCAGCGUUUUGGUCCAGCUAACAAACUUUACCAAACUUGCAUGAUUUUUAUAUGAGACUCCACCAUGUACCCCUAUUACUACUUGGUGUACUGUUCGUACUUCUGUGGCUGAGUUGAAACACUUCCUGUUGUCUAAUUCACUCUGAUGUCACGUCCUGCCAGGUAGCCUGAAGGAUCAUUCUGAUGGCUCACAUGAUCAGACUCCCUCGUUAUCUUAUGUAACCAUGCUCUUCUGCCAUUACUGAUUACACCCAGCCCAUCUCACGCCUCUCCAGUCUCCUCCUCUCCUUCCUGCUUUCCUUCUGUUCUUCCUGUUUCCUACUGUCCUACCUCCUUUCCUCACAUCCUUCCUGCCUCCUUUCCUCACAUCCU